AUGGAUCUCCAAGGAACUCCCAUUGCUCCCGGCACCCGCAGCACCAAGGUCACCACCGACCCCCUUGCCUCUCAGCAACCUAUCGAAGAGCCCGCCGGCCCUGUCCCUACCGGCUCUCUUGCAGCCGAGUCAGCCCGCUCAGGCGGUGGAUUCAGCCAAAACCGCGGCGCUCAGCCAGAUGACGUCUCUGCAUCCCAACUUAAGAACACCAACUCCGCUUCCACAACCCUCCCCUCUGCCCCGGUCGGUGGUCUCCGUGAGGACCGCGAGGCUCAGGAGAAGUACCCCGAGGCUCUAGGUGGUCAAGGAAACUUCCCAGGCGCUCACCUUGCCACCAGCGGCUACACCGGUGGUCCCACCGCCGCGAAGCAGGAUAUGGGCAUCAACUCCGGUAGCCAGGCCCACGCUAGCGGUAGCAGCAAGCACAAUGCCGGCCAGGCUCCAUCUUACGUCGCCGAUGUGACAGAUGGAUACCAGCACUCGAAGCCUGAUGGCCGUAACAUUCACGAAGGUGGAUUCUCGUCUGAUGACAAAAAUGCCAGCUUCGACUCCGAGAUUGGUUCCGAGCAAGACCCCGCUCGUGCUGCCAUUAAUAAGUUCCAGCGCACUAACGCUAAGAGUGCACCCGAUGCUGGGGUUCCCCGCCAGAAGGGCGUGAACACUGAGACUUCAUUCGAUGCUUUGGAGACGGAUCAGCGUGCUUAA